AUGACUUCCAGUACACCAAUAAAGCUGCAAGACUUUCUCAACAAGCGUGUGCAAGUCGAAGAUCAACUUGCUACAGUUCGAUACGUUGGUCCUGUCCCACCAACAAAAGGUGAAUGGCUGGGAGUAGAAUGGGAUAAUGUUUCACGUGGAAGACAUGACGGUGUGCACGAAGGCGUCAGAUAUUUUACGUGUUCUACACCUAACAGUGGUUCUUUCAUUCGUUUCACACCAAAGAUAACAGCUGGCCGAAGUUUUCUAUCGGCAUUGAUUAACAAGUAUAUUGAUGAUGAGAUGAAAGAGAAUGAUUACAAUGCACAAAAUGAUUUGGAGACCUUGCAUUGGGCAGGAAACAGGAGGAUCGAAGUCGAAGCUUUAGGUUGGGAUAAGGUCAGAAGGAAGCAAAGUCAUUUAGACAGAUUGACGGAAGUCGGGUUAUCGUUCGAGCAGAUCUCGAACGCUGGUGUGCCGGGCGAGAUUGAAGCUGGCAAUCUAAAUAUUAUUGAUCUAAACCUUUCCAAGAAUUUAUUGUCCGACUGGGAGAAUGUCGCUCAUAUUUGUGAGCAAUUGAAGAAGUUGCAAAUUUUACGGUUGAAUUAUAAUCGUUUUCAGCCAUUACAGUCACCACCACAAUCCAUCGAGGGGUUCAAGAACUUGAAGAGCUUGUCACUCAACUACACACGUAUUUCAUGGUCUCAGGUCCAACUGCUUGAACCAUGUCUGCCAAAUCUCGAGAAUCUCCAAUUGGGAUUUAAUAACAUGCAUCAUUUCGGUACAUCUGAUACAGAAAAGAGUCAACCAAACGGUAGAUUAGUUUGCGGGUUUCAUAAGUUGAAGAUUCUGAAUUUAGAGAGUAAUGGCAUUGAUAGUUGGGAAGAGGUUGCACGCUUUUCUAAAUUGGAAAGCCUUGAAGUGCUCUUCUUGACAACAAACAAACUAGAUAAAAUAUUAUAUCCUUCAAACGCUUUUCCUAAAUUGCGACUUUUGAUUUUGGACGAGAAUAAGAUUGCUGACUGGACCAAUGUUGAUGAAUUGAACAAAUUUCCCGCGUUGAAAGAAUUAAGGAUUAAGAAUAAUCCUUUCUCAGAUGGUGUUAAACAAAGUGAAUCUAAUGCAUCGCUAAUCGGGCGAGUGAAGGGCUUGACCAUGUUGAACGGCAGCACAAUAGCACCCGGCGAUAGAGCAGAUGCCGAGCGAUACUAUCUUCGUCUCUGUGUACGUGAAUUCAAAACACCAGAGGAAAUAGAAAAGAAGCAUCCACGAUAUAAGGAACUAUGUGAAAUACACGGUACACCGACAGCUGAUGAACUGCUCGCUCAGUCAAUGAGCGGCAUGUUAAAGGAUCGGUUGAUAACUGUCGUCAUCAUCCAUCGAACGUCACUGACGGAUUCCGAACACAUUAAAAAAGUUACCAAAAGAUUGCUCGGCACUAUGACUAUAAGAAGCUUAAAGAAUAUUCUGCAAAAGCUCUUUGGAGUUCCUCCAUUUGAUCAGUGUCUUUUUCGUAUUCCAAAGAUGGAAGAAGGAAUGGAUGAACAGGAACCUGUCGAAAUGAAUGAUGAUCUCCGAGAACUUUCAUAUUAUGAUUUGGCUGCUGGUGAUGAAAUUAUACUUGUAAAGACCGAAUAG